AUGAACACUCAAAACAAUAUCCUAAAUAGAGUUUCCAGAAUAAAUAAAGAUAUAAAGAAUAACUUAACAUCAAAUAUAACAACUACUCAAUUUACAUCAAUAACAACUAAUACUUCAACAAUAAAAACUAACACUCUCCCAAUAAAUAAUAAUAUUAAUAAUAACAUUAAUUCUACAACAGCAACAAAAGCAUCAACAGCAGCAGCAACAACAACAGCAGCAACAACAACAGCAACAAAAACAGCAACAAAAACAACAAAAACAACAACAGCAACAGCAAAAACAACAACAACAACAUCUAAUAAUAAUAAUAAUUCAUUUUUUGAAAAUCACUAUUUAAUAACAGAUGAUAGGAAAAAAGAAUUAAAAACUAAUUAUAGGUUCUUUGGUAAUGAUGGAUGUUAUUUCAAGUUAUUUAUAUCGGAUAUAAAGAACGUAAAAACAAUUCAAUCAGGAGGAAUUAAAUUUCUUUUAAAAAAAAGAAUACCGAUAAAACAUGUAGAAGUUUUUGGUGACAUUGUAUCAUUAACCAUAAAAAGAAAGUUUAAUACAACUCUAAUUACAAUAAUAUUAGAUGAUAAUACUCAAACCAUUGAAUGUGAAUAUUUUCCUGAAGAAAUACCUUCACUUAUACCGCCACAACCAAAUACAACAAAUUACAACAAUUACAACAAUACCAAUUAUAACAAUACCAAUAAUAAUAAUAACGAUAAUAAUAAUAAUAAUGAUGAUAAUAAUGAUACAACAUUUAAUGGUAAUAAUCAUUGGAAUAAUAAUGGUGACAAUAACAACAACAAUAACAACAACAACAAUAAUAAUAAUAAUAAUAAUAAUAAUGAAAAAAUAAAUAUUGGUACCAGUGAACAUUUACCAUUCUUGUUGGGUUCAUUUAUUAGGGUUUGGGGAUUCAUAAAAUCUGAUCCGCAUGAUGGUAGAUUGUUUAUAAAGAUAAAGGAAUUUGAAUUAAUUAAUGAUCCAAAUAAAGAGAUAUGGUUACUUUUAGAUAAAAUUAAAACUCAAAAAGAAAUAUAUUUCCCUUACAUUAAAAUUUUUAAUGAAAGAUUAUUAUCAAAUUCUUCAAAUAUAUUUACUUCUGGACAACAAAUUAUUAUAAAUAAUCAAAAUAAUCAAAAUAAUCAAAAUAAUCAAAAUAAUCAAAAUAAUCAAAAUAAUAAUAAUAAUAAUAAUAAUAAUAAUAAUAAUAAUAAUAAUAAUAAUAAUAAUAAUAAUAAUUUAAUAAAAAGAAAAAGGAAAUUAAACGAAGAUUAUAAAUAA